AUGUCGACUCCUCCUUUCUCUAAUUAUUGGCCAAACCAAGAAGCUACAGCAUCAACAACCGUUCCUGGUGAUGGUCGAUAUAUUAAUACAGAACAAGGCAAUUUCUAUAUUUAUGGAGCAGAAUUCAAAGACUUGAAUGGAAAUGGACAAGAUGGUAGAGCCCUUUAUAUACACCAUAAUACCGGAUAUGUUGCACUCGUUCUCUGCUACUUUAACAACAUUAAUUCUAAUAAAAAAGCCGGUGCAAUCAGAUUAGAUGAAACAAAUUGUGUCAUUGACAGCACAGUCGCAAAUAAAUGCUACACUACAAAUACUGAUGAAGCAAAUUUCCAAAACCAAGGCCAGUUCGUUUAUGCAGAUGGAAAUGGAAUUUCCAAAUUCACAAAGACUUCAAUUACCGAAUGCGCUCCAUCUGAUGUUGCAUUUAGUGGUAAUUGCCAACGCCCGCUUGCUCUUACUGGUACAGUCUAUUUUAAUACAGUGAACAUUUCCCAGUGCUAUACCACGUGGUGUUCAGGAUUUUAUACGUCAGGAACAAUAAGUGAAGCAAAGUAUAUCAAUGUUGAGGGCACAAGCUCUAAUAUGGUUGCAAUUGAACUUGCUUCAGCAGGCACUCCUGCUUUCGAAUACACGUUUUUCAAAGAUUACUCAGAAUCAUGUGCCACAACAAACAAUGGCGACUGUGGUCUGGCUCUUUUAUAUUUCUAUAGUACCCAGGCUACAUUCAAUUACAUUUCUAUCCAGUCACCUAAAGCUCCUGCAGAACAAUAUUUGAUUUUCAAGGCAAAAGAUGAAGCUGCUACAUGCACUUUCAACAAUUACGUCCUUUUCGAAGGCGCCAAGACUGAUGGUAUUACUCUUUCAGGAACCACAGAUACAUUUGCAAACACAGAUCAAUACAUUACAGAGGAAAAGAGACAGGCGAUUCUUAACCCAAGCAACCCAGACCCAGGCAAUGAAACAGUUGAUCCAGGCAAUGAAACAGUAGAUCCAGGCAAUGAAACAGUAGAUCCAGGCAAUGAAACAGUAGAUCCAGGCAAUGAAACAGUAGAUCCAGGCAAUGAAACAGUAGAUCCAGGCAAUGAAACAGUAGAUCCAGGCAAUGAAACAGUAGAUCCAGGCAAUGAAACAGUAGAUCCAGGCAAUGAAACAGUAGAUCCAGGCAAUGAAACAGUUGACCCAGGCAAUGAAACAGUUGAUCCAGGCAAUGAAACAGUAAACCCAGGCAAUGAAACAGUAAACCCAGAUCCAGAGAAUCCACAACCAGAACAGCCUGAGACACCAGUACAAACACCAGCACCAACAAAUUCCAGCUCUCCAGAAGAGAAACCUGUUCCAAACAAAGCAGACAACCAAGAGAAUAAGAUCGCAAGAAUGGAAAAGAAGAAUUUCUAUAUCAUGAUAGGUGUUAUUAUCGCUGCUGUGCUGAUAAUUAUCAUUAUAGUUAUAGUUGUUGUUGUAAGACUGAAGAAACAACCACAUGACGUUACAAGUAGUAGCAGUGAAUCCGAAGUUCAUGCAGCCGACAUAGCUACAAUUUCUGCACCAGAUACAAACUUCCCAACAGAAACUGCACAAACCAAUGUCACAUAG